AUGCACACCACCACCCUGUGCGAGACGGCCCACUCAGCGCUCUUCGACUACAUCGAAUCGGAACAGUCGAGGCACAGUCUGGCGGCCACAAGUACAAACGCGCUCCUCGCCGUUCUGCGACACACAGACAUGGAGCUCCAAGUGACCGCGGACGCCUGCAGGCUCCACGAGGGGCUGCUGCGCCGCCUCGUGGGGCUUUGCGAGCACGCGCAAGCACGUCUACCGGGUCGCAUUCGCGUCCACGGGCCGUUCAACGCUGUCUUUCGCACCGACGACGCCCCCGCGGUCGCUUCCCUCGUGAACGCCGUCGUUCUUGCCCACGACGCGACGAACGGGGUAGCGACGCUCAGCCGCGCCCUGGCCGAGGCGGAGGCGGCAGGAGCCACGCCUCCGCGGGUCCUGGGCGUGAGCGAGGGCCAGCCCCCGCCCGGCGACCCGUCGCUGCUUCAUGAGUGGCGUACCACCGCUCGCGCGCGCAUCGCACCCGCCAAGUUCGCGCAGCUGCUCGGACGCCCUGCAGUCGCGGAGCACAUCGUCGACCUUCGGAUCAUUGGCGUCGCGAUGCGACCGGCGGCGAUCCGGGCCCUGCAGGCGGCGCCCCAGCUGCAGACGCUGCAGCUCGACAAAUGCGCCAUCGGCGCGGGCCCGGGGGCGUCGGAGCUGGGGAACCUGGUCGCGAAGCUGACGGAUCUGCGAAGUCUGAGCCUCGCGUGGAACAAUCUGCUCGACGUUGGCGUGGUGAACGUGGUGCGUAUGUUGUCGCGUGACAAUAUCGCCUCGCUCGACGUCCGGUGCAACAGCUUCGGCCGGGCAGGGUGUCUCCAGAUCGCGAAUCUACUCUGGCCCAGCCACAUGCGCAGCCUGUGCCUCGCGGGCAACCCGAUCUGGGUCGACGAGCCCGUGCGGGGCGGCAGCUUCGGCACAUGGAACAAGUGCAGUCGCGAGCAGUUAGCAUCCUACCUCGAGGACGGCAUCUGGUACACGGGUCUCGAGCGACUGGACCUGUCGAUGACGGGCACGAAGAUGAGCGACCUGCUCCCGGGCGACACGUGCCCUGAGUCAGCCCUGCGAGCGCUCGACCUCUCCUCGAACGACCUGCGCGACGACGGCGCGCGCGCGAUCGCACGCGCCCUCUCUGAGGACGACUCGGGCCUCAAACACACGCUCGAGGUCCUCAGGCUGGGGCGCAACGCGAUCGGGGGCUGCGGCACAGCGGCUCUUGCGUCGGCCCUGCGGAACAACACCACGCUGCGGGAACUGUCCUUGGCGCAGAAUCAGAUCGGACAUCGCGGUGCAGGGGAAUUGGGGGCGCUGCUGGCCUGCAACAGCGCCCUGCAGGUCCUCGACGUUCGCAGCUGUGGCUUUGGUGACAAGGGGACGAAGAAGCUCGUGCAGGGGGUGCAGGCGCAACAACGGCUCGGAGAGAGGUCGAGGCUGAGGAGACUCGAUGUGUCCGGCAACGAAUUCGGAUGGGCCAGAGAGGCGGCGCUGGCCGAGCUGUCGGGCACGUUGCAAGUCGUGGGCUUGGAGGGCGGCGGGGUCGCCGCGUAA